UGUUUACUUUGCUUCUUCUACCCGGAGCUGUGAACGCGUCCUUUAGGGGUGAAGCAACAGGCGGACCGAACUAAGUCCGCGACGUGUGGACAUUAACCCGUUGUCAAGGCUUCGGUUAAUUAAUGAGAGAAAGGGGAGUGUAUAGUCCGUUUCUAAAUGGAGCUACUUCGGUUUUUCGCUUUUUGGUGUGGAACGAUACUCUUUGGUAGUAUCCUGCUCGAGGAGACGGAGGCCAAUAUAAUGAAGGUAAAGAGGCUGUGCAAGUUCUGUGAUGUGCGGGCAACCAGCUGCACGGGUAAAGGGAGCUGUAAGGUGGAUUGUGAAAUCACGUCCAUCUGCCCCCACGAUGACGAUGUGUGUGUCAGUAUUUGGAGGAAGAAAGAUGACAAUGUCACCUUUGAUACAGUUUGCCACAACCCGGCUCAGAAGCUGCAUGGCCUUGUCUUGGAGGAUUACAACAACAGCAAGUGUGAGAUGAAGGAAAGGAAGGGCAUGGGCUCACAGUUCUUCAUCUGUUCUUGCAAUGUGGAAGAGUGCAAUGAGCAGGUCUAUUUUAACCCAAACAUGGAUUCCCAGGUGGUAGCAGUCAUCUUAGUGAGCCUGGUGCCUCUGCUGGUUAUGGCUGUUGUCGUCAUCAGUUUCUUCUACUGCUAUCGGGUCUACCGCCAGAGGCAAGCCAGCUCUAGACGCAAGAAGGGUCCUCCACUGGACUUCAGUGAUGCUCACGCCAUCAUGAUAGACGACGAAGGUUCAGACAGCAGCUCCACACUCGCCAACAAUCUCAACCACAACACAGAGCUGCUGCCCAUCGAACUGGAUGUUCAGGUUGGAAAAGGACGCUUUGCAGAAGUUUACAAGGCUAAACUGAAGCAGGGCUCCUCAGUCAGCGAGGAGCAAGGCUUUGAGACAGUGGCCAUUAAGAUUUUCCCAUACGAGGAGUACGCCUCUUGGAAAAAUGAGAAGGAAAUUUUCUCAGACGCAGACUUGAGACACGAGAAUGUGCUUCACUUCCUGACAGCAGAGGAACGGAAGGUGCAGAGACAAUACUGGCUUAUCACAGCCUACCAGCCGAGAGGGAAUCUUCAGGAGUACCUGACGCAUCAUAUUAUCAACUGGCACGACCUGUGGCUGCUGGGGAGUUCACUAGCCCGUGGAGUGGCUCACCUUCACAGUGACCACACCCCCUGUGGUCGCUACAAAGUGGCUAUCGCACACAGGGACAUUAAGAGCUCCAACAUACUAGUGAAAAGCGACCUGUCCUGCUGCCUGUGUGACUUUGGCCUCGCACUCCGGCUGGACAACAAUCUGUCUGUGGAUGAGCUGGCCAACAGUGGGCAGGUGGGUACAGCCCGAUACAUGGCCCCAGAGGUGCUGGAGUCCAGAAUCAACCUAGAAAACAUUGAGUCUUUCAAACAAGCCGAUGUUUACUCCAUGGCACUCGUACUGUGGGAGAUCAUCUCCAGGUGUAGUGCAAUUGGAGAGGUGAAAGAGUAUGAGCCACCCUUUGGGAACCUGAGGGAACACCCGUGUGUAGAGAGCAUGAAGGACAGUGUUCUCCGAGACAGAGGAAGACCUGAGAUCCCCAACAGCUGGAUCAACCACACAGGCAUCCAGAUGGUGUGCGCCUCCAUAGAGGACUGCUGGGACCAUGACCCGGAGGCCCGUCUGACAGCCCAGUGUGUUGCUGAGCGCUUCGACGACAUGGAGUACCUGGACAAGCUGUCAGAUCGCUCUGACUCAGAGGAGAAGAUCCCUGAAGAAAUCUUUGUUGUGGAUGAGAAGUAGAGCUCAACAGAAACACUGCCCCCACUGGGGCAGUUGAGGAAUUACAGCCAAGCAGGUGGGAGAGAAAGAACUUCCAGUGGACGCUGUGUUUGCUAUGGGUUCGUCCAAUGUGUGACGGAGGAGCAAACUGGAAAAUCGUGUAGAUGAAAGUGAACUGUUACCAGAAAUGGGCGUAUAUACACUAUACACAUCAGGACCAACAUAAAUACAAACACCAGUGACUGACUUGAUUUAUUUGCUUCAAAGACUCGAUCAAGUCAUAAACAGACAGGGAAAUCACAUUAUUAAGCUUUUUUAACCAAAUACUAUUUGCACUUUAUCAAUAUCUAUGCACACCAAAUGAUAUAAAUCUAUAUUCAGUUUUGUUUUGUUUUGACAAUACAUUUCAGGUAUAGGAAACAAAGGGACAGGCUAUAUUUAAAGGGAGUAAUGCAAAAAUAUUAAGACAUUUAAUAACACUAAUAAUGAAUAUUGGAUAUAUUGGACUGAAUGUUUUCCUUUGUGGCCUUGGAUAGAUGUCAAUGGGACUGGAUGACAGCAUGAUGGAAAUUAGCCAAAGCAAAGGAAUAGAAACCCAUCUAAGGCAGUUAUAUGCAGGGAAAGCCGAUAUCAAAUCUCAACUGUAAAAUAAAGACAGAAAAACCAGCCUGACAGGAAAUGGAAAUGGGGAACACAUUGGUGUGUGUGUGUGU